GUCAAAGGUAGCAUCAACCUCGCCGCCUGUGGGGCCACUGACGGCCUGCAGCAUGCGCGGUUUCAGGGCGAUGGUAGCGCUCAACAAUGUCCUUCACGUGGGCGCCUUUCUUUGGCCAAUCUCCUCUGUUCUACGCGGUAACACGGCGCCGAAGUCGACCUAUCUCCCCUCUCCCGCCGGGACACCUGAUCCCGCCGCGUUGCGGAGACGGCUGACGUUGUCCGCAGGCUCCAACGACGAGGGCAUCAUCGCGUCUCCUGCUGUCUUACCAUCAUCCGGCAAGCCAGUACUGAGCUUCCCCGGGGGUGGGAUUUUCUUUUGGUGGCAAGCGGGUGUCAUUAGCGCGUUGCAGGAGCGUUACAACCUAUCGUCCCUCGAUUUUGUGGGUGCUUCGGCGGGGUCACUCGCGGCCACGCUUGCCGCUUGUGACGCGGAUAUGGAUCUCGCCAUGAAGUUGGCUCUCGACCUCUGCGAUACCAACGAGAUUUGGACCCGACCGCUGGGACUUGCCGGUGUGUGGGGCGCGAUGGUGGAGGACUGGCUCGACGAGCUGCUUCCAGACGACGCGGACGUUAUCUGUCGAGACCGCGUGCAUUUAUUGGUGAUAGGGAUCUGGCCCAGACCGUUCAGGCGACGAGCGGUGUCGGACUUCACGAGCAAGAGUGAUCUGAUCAAGGCGUGCAUGGCUUCCGUACACAUCCCGUGGUUCAUGGACAAGCACUUCUCGGCGCGACAUAGGGGGGGGCGAUUCGUCGACGGUUCCUUCAGGGCGAGCCGCGAAGACCUAUCGCUGGGAGACGGCAGACCAACAGUGUACUUCGACUACGAUGAAGACGAGGUGAUGGCAGCGAGGCGAGGCAAGUUCCUGAGCCUCACGAACCAGGAAGGCCUAUUGUUCAUGAGGCAAAGGGGCUACGAUCACGUGCAGACGAUGCUGGCGGAGGGAAAGCUCGACUGUAUCAAAGAGGCGGCCCUACCUUUGCAGAUGAACACUACCGGAGGAUUGACCGGCAAAGAUUAGAGCGGGUACUGCUAUUCGUCGUCGAGGGAGAACGCUAGGCCGGCGGUUUUACACGAGUCGGGCAGAAGGCGCACCCUUUCUGCGUAAAAAAAUCAGCAACCGGACAGUGGU